AUGACAGUGUGUACAGUACGGACGGUGCAGGUGGACCACCACAACUCCCACAUUUAUCUUCCCAGUCAGAUGUUCUGUUUCAACAAGGAAGAUGAAGAAACGAACUUACAGAUCACACAGCCUUUAACUCCAGACCAGCAGCUGUUCAUCAUGUACACUCAGGAGGAUCUGGAAAAGAAGAACCUGGCAGAUCCCACUCCAUCUGAGUUAGAGAGGUACAUGUACUACAUCAUUAAGGGUCUUCAUGAGGAUGUGGUCGCUCCUCAACCUUCUCACCACAUCACCAACAUCCUUAAGCUCCUUCCUGACUGUUUACACAGCAAGCCAAUGCUGCAGACGCUUCUGGAGGAAGUGAAGCUCGGCUUUAAUUUCAGUAUCCGCAAAAGCAUCGUGGAUUACAUCCUGAUGGACGAGCAGCAGCGGAAGAGGCUGUCCAUCUCCAGCGUUCCUCAUCCGUUUCCUCGGCGUGUGAUCCGUGCCCCGGUCCCCUGGUCUCAAACCUACAGACACGCCCACAGCUGGUGUACACAACAUCUUUUCACCACCAAUCACAUCAUGCACCAACUGCAGGAACUCUGGGACGGUAAUGACUUUGUUGAGUGUUAUGAUGAGUUGCGUUACACUCAGUAUUCACUCCUGUUGGUGAAGCUGAAGGUGGAGUGUAUCCUGUUCCCUGAGCUGCAGAAGAAGUGUUUAAUGCUGUCGGUCAGACAGGACGAGUCGUUAGUGAUGGACCUGCUCAGUCGAGCCACAAUCAUCUACCAGAGGAACACUGUAGGCCCACACAGGUAUCUGAGCGUUUAUAAUAAAUACACUGAUCUGCUGGACCACUCAGCCAGACAGGACGUUCUCUCGUUCCUCCAGGAGAAACACUCUCUCCAGGGCUUUGUCAAAAAGAUCGAGGGGUUGAACACCGUGGGGAAUGAGAUCUCAUCUCUGCGCGUGACCGUUCCUCUCUCGCUUUUCUGCCUUGAGGCUGUGAAGCUCCACAAGGAACUGUGUGACCAUGUGGAGAGCCUGAAACACCUGCUCAUCAGCUACGAGCUGGAGGAGAACCGACAACUCAACCGGAGUAUCUGUCAGCGGUACCAGCAGAUUUUGAACACAGUGAUGAGUGUACCAGGCAGUACAGAAGAACUCGUGGAGCUCAGUCAGUUCCUGAAACACACGAGUGAUGUGAGCGUACACACACUGCGGGAUGAAAUCAGCGAAGCAGCCAGACGACUAAACUUCCUGCUGGACUACGCCACUCUCACUGGUGAUGAUAUUAAGCUGAACAGCAGAGUGUUUCAUUGGCCUGAGCAGAUCUGUAAUGUGUGUGAGGUCCAUAAAGACAAACUGAACAAAGAGAGAGAACAUGUUGAGGACCAACUGCACAAGAGGAUCAAAAAGCUGGAACACACACUGCAGUGUGUAUCUAAAGACAUGGAUGUGUUUAGGAAGAAAGAAGUGAUGAGUGUGGAGGAAAUGAAGAGCAACAUGGAGAAACUCGGCGAGAUCACGGCAUGCCUGGAGAAUGCCACCAAUCAGCUUGAGUACAUUCAUAAAGAGCAGUGCUUGUUGGAGAAAGAGCAGACCCAGUUCCCCUUACUGCAGACCAUCAUUACCAACAAACAGCCAUAUGAUCAGCUGUGGAGCACAGCCCUCAACUUUUACACCAAAUCAGAUGGCUGGAUGAAUGGUCCCUUUAUGCAGCUGAAUGCAGAGCAGAUCUCAGAUGAUCUCUCUAACAUGUACAGGAACAUGUACAAGCUGGCGAAGGUCUUCUCCGAGGUCGCAGCUCCACGCAGAGUGGCCGAGAGCUUUCGCUCCAAAAUCGAUAGGUUCAAGCAGCAUCUCCCCGUCCUGAGCACCAUCUGUAAUCCGGGCAUUAAAGAUCGUCACUGGGAGAAGAUCUGCAGCAUUGUGGGAUUCGACGUGAAGCCAGACGCAGAUACAUCCCUCCACAGCAUGCUGGAGCUCGGCCUGCACAACUACACCGAUAAGUUAGAGGAGAUCAGUGCAUCUGCCAGCAAGGAAUAUUCCCUGGAAAAAGCUUUAGAGAAGAUGAAGAACGAGUGGAGUGAACUCCGGUUUGGCUUCUCACAAUACAGAGACACGGGUACAAGUGUUGUCUCUGCAGUGGAUGACAUCCAGGUGUUAUUGGAUGAUCACAUCAUUAAGACCCAAACAAUAAAGGGAUCUCCAUUCAUCAAACCCAUUGAGGCAGAGUGCAAGCAAUGGGAGGAGAAGCUGCUGCUGGUGCAGGAGAUCCUGGAUGCUAUGCUGAAGUGUCAGUGCUCUUGGCUCUACCUGGAGCCCAUCUUCAGCUCGGAGGACAUCAUCACCCAGAUGCCCGAGGAAGGCCGCAAGUUCAGCACGGCCGACGCCUUCUGGAGGAACAUCAUCUCUGAAGCGUUGAAGGACACGCGUGUGUUAGUGGUCACAGCUCAGCCCAACAUGCUGGAACACCUGCAGCAGUCCAACACUUACCUGGAGGAAAUUCAGCGUGGUCUGAACACAUACCUGGAGGAAAAAAGACUCUACUUUCCCAGGUUCUUCUUCCUCUCUAACGAUGAGCUUUUGGAGAUCCUGUCUGAGACCAAGGAUCCUCAGCGAGUUCAGCCCCACCUGAAGAAGUGCUUUGAGGGAAUCGCAAAGCUGGAGUUCACAGAAGAGCUCAAGAUUACCGGAAUGAUCAGCUCAGAGCGAGAAACCGUCCCCUUCACAGAGCCCAUUCACCCUGCCAAGGCCAAGGGCAUGGUUGAGAAGUGGCUCCUGGAGGUGGAGCAGACAAUGAUGAAGAGUGUGAGAAAUGUUAUACAAAGUGGGUUAGAGAAGUAUCCUGAGGUCCCUAGAAAGAAGUGGGUGUUGCAGUGGCCUGGGCAGGUGGUGAUUUGUGCUUCCUCCAUUUUUUGGACCAGUGAGGUUUCAAACGCAAUACAGAACAAUACACUGCCUGCGUACGUGGAGCAGUGUAAUGCCCAGAUUACAGACAUUGUGGAGCUGGUCAGGGGGAAACUUUCAGGAGGAGCUCGACUCACCCUGGGAGCUCUAACUGUUAUAGAUGUGCAUGCACGUGACGUGGUGGUGAAGCUGGCCGAGGAUGGCGUAUCCUCUCUAAAUGACUUCCAGUGGAUUUCCCAGCUGAGGUAUUACUGGGAGGAAAGAGACGUCAUACUGAGGAUGAUCACCACUGAGGUCACAUACGGAUACGAGUACCUGGGGAACUCAACACGACUCGUCAUCACGCCGCUCACUGACCGCUGCUACAGGACCUUAAUGGGAGCUCUGAAGCUGAAUCUGGGAGGAGCUCCAGAGGGACCUGCAGGAACAGGAAAAACAGAGACAACCAAAGACCUAGCCAAGGCUCUGGCCAAACAGUGUGUGGUGUUUAAUUGUUCAGAUGGUCUGGACUAUAAAGCGAUGAGUAAAUUCUUUAAAGGUUUGGCUCAGUCUGGAGCGUGGGCCUGCUUUGAUGAGUUCAACCGCAUUGAGGUGGAGGUGUUAUCAGUGGUGGCUCAGCAAGUGUUGAGUAUUCAGCAGGCCAUAAUGAAGAACCUGAAGCGUUUCAUGUUUGAGGGAACCGAACUCUCACUGAACCCAACCUGCUGCGUGUUCAUCACCAUGAACCCCGGAUAUGCUGGCCGAGCGGAGCUGCCUGAUAACCUUAAAGCUCUGUUCCGUACAGUAGCAAUGAUGGUGCCGGAUUAUGCACUGAUUGGUGAAAUAUCCCUCUACUCCAUGGGCUUCCUUCAGUCACGCAGUUUGGCACAGAAGAUCGUAGCGACGUAUCGCCUGUGUUCGGAGCAGCUCUCGUCCCAGCACCACUAUGAUUACGGCAUGCGAGCCGUCAAAUCGGUUCUGACUGCAGCAGGGAACCUCAAAAUCAAAUUCCCUCAGGAGGACGAGAGCGUGCUGUUACUCAGAGCGCUGAUGGACGUCAACAUGGCCAAAUUCCUCGCACAGGACGUCCCUCUAUUUCAGGGUAUAAUAUCAGACCUUUUUCCCGGUGUGGUUUUGCCAAAGCCUGAUUAUGAGUUACUGCUUUCAGCGCUGCAUAAGAACAUCAUCAAACUUAAACUGCAGCCUGUUCCCUGGUUCAUUAGCAAGAUUAUACAAGUGUAUGAGAUGAUGCUGGUGAGGCAUGGUUUUAUGAUUGUUGGUGAACCACUUGGAGGGAAAACAUCUGCAUAUAAAGUUUUAGCAGGAGCUCUAAAAAACCUUUAUGAAGGAGGUCUGAUGGAGGAGUUUGCAGUAGAUUUCCGUAUCAUUAACCCCAAGGCCAUCACCAUGGGGCAGCUGUACGGCUGUUUCGACCCGGUGAGUCACGAGUGGAGCGACGGCGUCUUGGCCACAGCUUUCCGGGAGCAGGCACAGUCUACAGCCGAAAACCGCCAGUGGAUCGUGUUCGACGGGCCGAUCGAUGCCGUGUGGAUCGAAAACAUGAACACCGUCCUGGAUGACAACAAAAAGUUGUGUUUGAUGAGCGGUGAGAUUAUCCAGAUGAGCCCUAAAAUGAGCUUGAUCUUUGAGCCAGCUGACCUGGAGCAGGCCUCACCGGCUACUGUCAGCAGGUGUGGUAUGAUCUACAUGGAGCCUCAUCAGCUAGGCUGGACUCCACUGAGAGACUCUUACAUGGACACACUGCCUGACAGCCUGUCACCAGAACACCAUGAAUUAAUUGUGGAUCUAUUUGAUUGGCUAGUGCAACCGUGUCUGAACUUCAUUUUUCAUAAUUGCCGCUUCCUGGUGCAAACUUCACCCAUCCACCUCACCUACAGCCUCAUGCGCCUGUACUCCUGUCUGCUCGAUGAGAUUGCUGCAGCUGGUCAGGAGGGGGCGGAGCCGCUGUCCAGCCAGCAGGUGAUCAUGUGGCUGCAGGGCCUGUUUUUAUUCGCUGUGGUGUGGACGGUCGGUGGGACUAUCAACGGAGACAGCAGGAAGAAGUUUGAUGUCUUCUACAGGAAUCUGCUUGCAGGAACUGUGGAGGAACAUCCGAGACCCACAAGUGUGAAGCUUACAAAGAACAACAUCUUUCCAGAAAGAGGUUCUUUGUAUGAUUAUUAUUUUAUUAAGCAGGGAUCAGGACAGUGGAACACAUGGACCGAAUCCAUCAGCAAAAAUAAAAGCACCAUACCACCUGGAGCAAAUGUUUCUGAUCUGAUUGUUCCCACCAUGGAGACGGCACGCCAGUUCUUCUUUUUGAGGACCUACCUGUCCCACCAGGUGCCCCUGCUCUUCAUUGGGCCUACAGGAACUGGCAAAUCCAUCAUCAGUUCUAACUUCUUGAUGUCUCUGCCAAAAGAGCAAUACACACCAAACUGCCUGAACUUCUCCGCCCGAACCUCUGCCAACCAGGUGCAGGAUAUCAUCAUGGCCAAGCUGGAGCGACGGCGCAGAGGCGUGUUUGGACCACCACCGGGGAAGAAGUGUGUCGUCUACGUGGAUGACCUGAACAUGCCUGCGAAGGAGGUUUAUGGCGCUCAGCCCCCCAUCGAGCUGCUGCGCCAGUGGCUUGAUCAUCAGCACUGGUAUGACAAGAAGGACACGUCCAGGCUGGACAUUGUAGAUGUACUGUUCAUCUCCGCCAUGGGGCCACCUGGUGGAGGGAGGAAUGACAUCACAGGACGUUUUACACGUCAUCUCAACAUUGUCUCUAUCGACUCGUUUGAUGAUGAGACUCUCAGUAAGAUCUUCACCUCCAUCACUGACUGGCACUUCAGCACAGGAUUUAAUGCCUCCUACAGCAGACUGGGAAAGAUCCUGGUUCAGGCCACCAUGGCGGUGUAUAAGGAUGCGAUGGAGAGCUUCCUGCCUACUCCUUCUAAAUCUCACUACAUAUUCAACCUCAGAGACUUCGCCAGGGUUGUGAAAGGUGUGCUGCUGUGCCCACACACACACAUGCAGGAUGGUGAUAAACUGAUCAGGCUGUGGGUCCAUGAGGUGUACCGCGUCUUUUACGAUCGUCUGAUUGACAGUGAGGACAGAAAGACCUUCUUCAACAUCGUCCGAGAGAGAACAUCUGCCUACUUCAAACAAACCCUGGAUAAGCUCCUGUGCUAUCUCUCUCCAAGUGGCAAAGUGACGGAUGAGACCAUCAGAUCUCUGUUUUUUGGUGACUAUGCCUCACCGGACUCAGACCCCAACAGGACCUAUGAUGAGAUCCGAGAUCUUCACUCCCUCAGCAGCAUUAUGGAACAUCACCUGCAGGAGUUUAACAACAUGAGCACAGCCCCCAUGAGCCUCGUCAUGUUCCAGUUCGCCAUCGAGCACAUCUCCCGCAUCUGCCGCGUGCUGAAGCAGGACAACGGCCACUUGCUCCUUGUGGGCAUCGGAGGAUCCGGUCGCAGCAGUGCCGCCAAACUCGCCACCUUCAUCAGCCAGUACGAGCUCUUCCAGAUCGAGCUAACCAAGAACUACGGCAGGACCGAAUGGAGGGACGACCUGAAGCGUGUUCUGACCAAGGCCGGAGUCGAUGGGAAAAAGACCACAUUUCUCUUAGGGGAUGGACAGAUGAAGGACGAGAUGUUCGUGGAGGACGUUAACACGCUUCUGAACACUGGAGACGUGCCCAACAUGUUUGCUCAGGAUGAGCGCGCUGAACUGAUAGAGAAGAUGCAGAGCGUGGCCAAGAUCGAGGGACGGAAGAUUGACGCCACUCCACUGUCUAUGUACAACUUCUUCAUCGACAAGGUCAAGGAGAACCUGCAUAUUGUUCUGGCAAUGAGUCCGAUCGGCAGCGCGUUUCGAAACCGUCUGCGCAUGUUCCCGUCUCUGAUUAACUGCUGCACGAUCGACUGGUUCCAGGCAUGGCCUACAGACGCACUGGAGAUGGUCGCUAACAAAUUCCUGGAAGAUGUGAAGCUGGAGAUGCACAUCAGGACAGAGGUGGUGGAGAUGUGUAAGACAUUUCAAGAGAGUGCGCAGAAGCUCUCAGAGCAGUAUUACUCACAGAUGCGCAGGCAUAACUACGUCACUCCCACCUCCUACCUGGAGCUGAUCCUCACCUUUAAGACCCUUCUGAAGGCCAAGCGCAGUGAAGUGGACAUGUUCAGGAACCGCUACCUGGUUGGUUUGGACAAACUCAACUUCGCUGCUUUACAGGUGGCAGUGAUGCAGCAGGAACUGACCGCUCUUCAGCCUGAGCUGAUCCGUACCUCAGCUGAGACAGACAAGAUGAUGGUGAAGAUCGAGAAGGAGACGUUAGAGGUGGAUGCUAAGAAAGAGCUCGUCGCCGCUGAUGAGAAAGUAGCCAACAAAGCUGCAUCAGCUGCCAAAUCCAUUAAGGACGAGUGUGAGGGAGAUCUUGCGGAGGCAAUGCCCGCUCUGGAGGCAGCUCUUUCUGCUCUGGAUACACUAAAACCUUCUGAUAUCACAGUAGUGAAGUCCAUGCAGAACCCUCCUAAUCCUGUUAAACUCGUCAUGGAGUCCAUCUGCGUAAUGAAGGGCAUCAAACCCGAGAGGAAACCCGAUCCAGGAGGUUCUGGUAAGAUGAUUGAGGAUUACUGGGGUCCAUCCAAGAAACUGCUGGGGGACAUGAAGUUUCUGGAAAACCUAAAAGCCUUUGACAAAGACAACAUCCCCGCCACCAACAUCAAGAAGAUCCGUGAGAAGUUUAUCGACAAUCCUGAUUUUCAACCGGUGCUGAUCAAAAACGUUUCAUCUGCCUGUGAGGGUUUGUGCAAGUGGGUCCGGGCCAUUGAGGUGUACGAAUGUGUGGCCAAAGUGGUGGCUCCAAAGAAAGAGAGGCUCAGCAAGGCAGAGGAAGAGCUGGCUAUUCAAAUGAAGACUCUUGGCAUGAAACGUGGUGAGCUGAAAGCUGUGGAGGACCGUCUGAGCUCUCUGAAUGACACAUUUGCAGAGAUGAUGCAGAAAAAAAAGGACCUGGAAGACAAUAUAGAACUGUGCUCACAGAAACUAAUCCGGGCUGAGAAGCUGAUCGGUGGACUGGGAGGAGAGAAGGACAGGUGGACAGAGGCAGCUCGACUCCUGGGAAUUAAGUACACCAAUCUGACUGGGGAUGUGCUCCUUUCUUCAGCCACAGUGUCGUACCUGGGGGCAUUUACUGUGGAUUACCGAGUGGAAUGCCAGCAGGAGUGGCAUCAAAUUUGCAUGAAAAGGAAAGUACCAUGUUCUAAAGACUUCACACUUAGCAAUACUCUUGGCAAUCAGGUCCUGAUCCGGGCAUGGCACAUCGCUGGGUUACCUGUAGACUCUUUCUCCACAGACAAUGGCAUCAUUGUGUCAAAUUCCCGUCGCUGGCCACUUAUGAUAGACCCCCAGGGACAGGCCAACAGGUGGAUCAAGAACAUGGAGAGGGCCAACAAAUUGGCCAUCAUCAAGCUUUCCGAUAGCAACUAUGUACGAACCUUAGAAAAUGCCAUCCAGUUUGGAACUGCUGUCCUCCUGGAGAACGUGGGUGAGGAGCUGGAUGCUCUUCUAGAGCCAGUUCUCCUGAAGCAAACAUUCAAACAGCAAGGUGUAGAAUACCUAAAGCUGGGUGAGAACAUAAUUGAAUAUUCCCAAGAAUUUCGGUUCUAUAUGACCACAGGCUUGAGGAACCCACACUACUUGCCUGAAGUGGCCGUGAAGGUGUGUUUGCUGAAUUUUAUGAUAACACCACUCGGGCUUCAAGACCAGCUUCUCGGUAUUGUUGCUGCAAAAGAAAAACCAGAACUGGAGGAAAAGAAAAACCAACUCAUCCUGGAGAGUGCAGCCAACACCAAGCAGCUUAAAGAGAUCGAGGACCAGAUCUUGGAGGUUCUCUCCUCAUCCCAAGGAAACAUCCUGGAAGAUGAGACAGCUAUCAAAGUGCUAUCGUCCUCCAAGGUUCUGUCCGAGGAGAUCUCGGACAAGCAGAAGAUUGCAAGUGAAACAGAGCAGGAGAUUGACAAGACGAGGAUGGGAUAUCGCCCUGUGGCUGAACACUCAUCCAUCCUGUUCUUUUGCAUCUCUGAGCUGGCCAACAUUGAGCCAAUGUACCAAUACUCGCUCACAUGGUUUAUCGGUCUCUAUCUUCAAUCCAUCGUUCAAAGUGCAGCAAGUGAAGAACUAUCUACUCGCAUUGAUAACAUCUUGGAGCACUUCACUGUCAGCAUCUAUAACAACAUAUGCCGCUCGCUCUUUGAGAAGGACAAGCUGCUCUUCUCACUGCUUCUUACUGUUGGAAUUAUGCAGGGCAAAGGUCAAAUCAAUGAUCUCAUGUGGCGCUUCCUGCUCACUGGAGGUGUUGCACUUGACAACCCACAUCCAAACCCUGCUCCUGAGUGGCUGUCAGACAAAGCGUGGUCAGAGGUGGUUCGAGCCUCAAAGCUUCCAAACCUUGAAGGUUUCUAUGAAGAUGUGCAUGAGAACAUGGCUGAGUGGAAAAAGGUCUACGACUCCAGCCGGCCACAUGAGGCACCUUUCCCAGGCAAAUGCCACACCCUGGUGGGCAUGGAGCGUAUGGCAGUUCUGCGCUGCUUCCGGCCUGAUAAACUUGUUCCUGCAAUGCAGCAGUUCAUUGUGGAGAACAUGGGACAGACCUACAUCGAACCGCCGACUUUCGACCUGGAAAAAAGUUACAGUGACUCCAAUUGCUGCUCGCCGCUAAUCUUUAUACUCUCACCUGGGUCAGAUCCCACUGCAGUGUUGUUGAAGUUUGCAGAAGACAUGAAUAUGGGGGGCAGUAAGACCCAGGCUGUGUCCCUCGGUCAAGGGCAGGGCCCUGUCGCUGAAGGCAUUAUCAACUCUGCCCGUAGCAAUGGAACAUGGGUUGUCCUACAAAACUGUCACCUAGCAACAAGCUGGAUGCCAACGCUUGAGAAGAUUUGUGAGGAGGUGAUUACACCUGAGAACACACACCCGAAUUUCAGACUGUGGCUGACCAGUUACCCAUGCGAGAAGUUUCCAGUCAGUAUCCUGCAGAAUGGAGUAAAGAUGACUAACGAGCCUCCUAAAGGUCUGAGAGCAAACCUGCUGCGCUCCUACCUCUCAGACCCACUGUGUGACCCCACCUUCUUCAACAGCUCCACCAAACCCCACGCCUGGAGGAAGCUGCUGUUUGGCCUCUGCUCUUUCCAUGCUCUUGUCCAGGAGAGGAGAACCUACGGCCCGCUAGGUUGGAACAUCCCGUACGAGUUUAAUGAGUCGGAUCUGAGGAUCAGCAUGAGGCAGAUUCAGAUGUUCCUGGAUGAGUAUGAGGAGAUCCCUCUCGAAGCACUCACUUACUUGACUGGUGAGUGUAAUUAUGGUGGUCGGGUGACAGAUGAUAAGGAUCGCAGGCUCCUGCUCUCACUGCUCUCCACCUUCUACAGCCCUGAGCUCAUCCAGCAGGACAGAUACAGAGUGUGUGAAGGAGACAUGUACUACGUACCACCGCAUGGACCGUACCAGAGUUACAUCGACUACAUCCGCAGCCUGCCAAUCACAGCCGAACCUGGGGUAUUCGGUCUCCACGGCAACGCCGACAUCACCAAGGACAACCAGGAGACCAAUCAACUUUUAAACGGAGUGUUACUCACCCUGCCUAGGCAAAUGGGGGGCGGGGCCAAAUCUCCUCAGGAAGUUGUAGAUGAGUUAGCAGAGGACAUCAUGUCAAAGCUACCUCCAGAUUUCAACAUUGAGAAGGUGAUGUCUAAGUAUCCAGUGAUGUAUGAGGAGUCCAUGAACACAGUACUGAGGCAGGAGAUCAUCCGCUUUAACAGGUUGACUGAGGUGGUUCGCAGCAGCCUGGUGGAUAUCCGGAAGGCUCUGAAGGGGCAGGUGGUGAUGUCUUCAGAGCUGGAGAACGUUUUUAACAGCAUGCUGGUGGGAAAGGUUCCAGCCACGUGGGCCGCUAAAUCUUACCCUUCACUCAAACCUCUCGGCAGCUACGUCUCUGACCUGCUGUCCAGACUAAACUUCCUACAGGAGUGGAUCGAUAACGGACCCCCGGCUGUGUUCUGGCUCUCAGGGUUCUACUUCACACAGUCCUUCCUCACUGGAGUGUCUCAGAAUUUCGCACGUAAAUACACCAUCCCUAUCGACUGCAUCGGCUUUGAGUUUGAGGUGAUGAAGCAGGGGGAUGAGAUGGAGGUGAAGCCCAGGGAUGGGGCGUACAUUCACGGUUUAUUCCUGGAGGGCGCUCGGUGGGAUCGGGAGCGAAUGCUGAUUGGAGAAUCGCUUCCCAAAAUCCUUUUGACGCUACCUAUCAUCUGGCUGAAGCCUGGAGAGAGCAGCAGGUUCCUGCACGAGAGCAUGUACGAGUGUCCCGUGUACAAAACCAGUGCGAGGAGAGGCACAUUGUCCACCACCGGACACUCCACCAACUACGUCCUGCCCAUCGAGCUGCCCUCAGACCGCCCUCAGAAACACUGGAUCAACCGCGGCGUCGCUGCGCUCUGUCAGCUGGACGACUGAGUACAUACACACACACACACACACACACACACACACACACACACACACACACACAAAACCACUACGAACAAAUUCAUCAUAUGGAUUAGAGCACACAUUUAUACAAACACUUAUACACCAUAGUAACAUGUUUAAAAGAUUGGGGCUAAUAAACAUCCUGUUUGGGGUUAAUAAGCUUCCUGUCUUUUGCUUUCAUUUACUUCCAUUAACGUUUUCUGCAACACUUUCUGACCAAUCACAAUCCAGAAUUCAACAGCAGUGUAAAUAUCACAUAUAGUAUUCGGGAAAUACUCUGCCAUCAGCACUGAUACUAAACAUAAGGUCAUAUGAUAAAAACAAUAAAAGCAUAUGGUGUUGAGUUUCAGGGUGUGGGUGAAAAACAGCUACCGUACACUAGAGUUAAACACCAACCCAUCUGAGAGAUUAAACUGAAGUCUGGCUGCAUUCCUCACACCAGUGUACAGCUACAACACCUCCAGCAUCUCUGCUAUAUCCUUCACUUCAAA